AUGCACUUCAACGCUGUCGCCGGGUUACUCACCCUUGCCACUGUGGCCGCUGCCAACACGCUCAAUGCUGCCGACUUCCCAGGUGCUUGCGCAGACCAGUGCAACUACGCCGUCAGUCUGUCGUCCACAUGCGCAGACCAGACAUCGAGCGACGCCGAGGAGCGCCAAUGCAUCUGCGGUGCUGGCGCGAGAAACGAGCUGAUGUACUGCGCGGCAUGCUCCAUCUCCAAUGGCCAGAAUGACCCUGACAGCAAUCUUGCCGAGAUCCUCACAUCAUGUGGCUGGAGCUAUGCCGACGCUGCUAGUUCCGCUGCCUCUUCUGCUGGCGACGCUGCCACUUCGGCUGGAGGAGAUGUUACCUCAGCUGUUGGGGGAGUCGUCACCACAAUUACCUCGGAUGGUAGCGAGAUUGUCAGCACGAUUACUUCUGGUGUUGGUGCAAUCGUUACAACCAUUACUUCAGAUGGCAGUGAAAUCUUGUCAACCAUCACAUCUGGCGUUGGUGGAGUUGUUACCACCAUCACCUCGGAUGGAAGUGAGAUUCUUAGCACAAUUACUUCUGGUGUUGGUGGCGUUGUGACCACAAUCACCUCCGAUGGAAGCGAGAUUCUGAGCACGAUCACUUCUGGCGCCGGAGGUGUCGUGUCUACCAUCACAUCCGGAGGUAGUGAAAUUCUGUCUACCAUUACGUCUGGUGCUGGCGGUGUUGCAUCCACUCUCUCGACCGGCGUCUCUGGAGUUGUGUCCAGUGCUACGGAUGCAGCUGGAAGCGCCGCAGGUAGCGCUACAUCUUCAACUGGAGGCAACGCCGGUGUCGCUGCUACACCUGCUGUCGGUGGCCUCUUGGCCGGUUUGAUGGUCGGCGUUGCCAUGCUGUAG